AUGGCCUCAGUUACCCCAUACAAAAUCGCCGUUCCGGACGAGAAACUCCAGCAGCUCCGCCACAAGCUGGAGUAUGUCGCCUUUCCUGAUGAGCUCGAAGCUUCGGGGUGGGAUAUGGGCGUUCCUCUCCUUGAAAUCAAAAGACUUAUCGCCGUGUGGCGCGAGCAGUUUGACUGGCGGGAGCAAGAGCGGAAGCUGAAUGAGCAAUUCAAACAAGUCAAUGUUCAAAUAGGAGUGGAGGGCUUCGGAGAGUUGAAUAUACAUGCUGUGCAUCAUCAGAGCGGAAAUUUGAAAGCAAUUCCAUUGCUUUUUAUCCAUGGGUGGCCUGGCAGCUUCCUCGAAUCCACCAAGCUUAUCCCACUACUCACUAAAAACAACGGGGAUGGCCCAGUAUUCGAUGUCGUGGCACCUUCGUUGCCAAAUUUUGGAUUUUCACAGGGAGUCAAGAAGAGAGGGUUCGGGCUGGCACAAUACGCCGAAGCUCUCCACAAAGUGAUGAUUGUGCUUGGCUAUGAUAAAUAUGUGGUUCAAGGAGGCGACUGGGGCAGCAUGAUCGCCCGUACCAUGUCUCAGUACUACCCACAACACAUCCAAGCUAUUCAUCUGAACUUCAUACCCGUCAUACCGCCCUACCCAUGGCGAAGUCCCUACCAGUUCGUCAAAUCGCUGCUAUCUGUGCCAUUCUCGGCGAAAGAUCGUGGCCAUAUCGCCCGGUCAUUGGGAUAUUUCACCGGUGGUAACGCAUACAUGAAACAGCAAGAAACCCGACCACAGACUCUAGGCUACGGGCUUCACGAUAGUCCCGUCGGAUUACUAGCUUGGAUCUAUGAUAAAAUGCACACAUGGGCCGACAACUACUCCUGGACAGAUGAGGAGAUCUUGACCUGGGUGAGUGUAUACUAUUUCUCUACGGCCGGCCCAGCAGCGUCAACGAGGAUCUACUACGAGGGUUCGGCGCCGAAGCGUGAUGGAAAUGCGGUUGCGUCGGAGGAAGGAGCACAGAAGGAUCUGCGAGGAAAGACAGGCCUGAAUUACAUGUCGACUGAACAGGUUCUCGGGGCUCGGGCACCGCAGAGUGUGCGCUUUGCAGUGGCGCAGUUCCGGGAGGAGAUUAUUAUGCUUCCCAUGGCGUGGUACCGGUCCAUUGGGAAUGUUGUGCAGGAAACGGAGUAUGAUCAUGGUGGUCAUUUUGCGGCCUGGGAAGUGCCCGAGUUGCUGGCGUAUGAUAUCAAAAAGUUCCUAGGCAAUAAUGGACCAGCCUAUGGGGUGGUAGCUGGUAGAGAUGGGUAUUGA